AUGGAAUACGGCUUUAAGAGGAAUUUCACAUGUUUAGGGAGGUGGAGAAGGGGAUGGUGUGCCUCUGCAAAGAAGAGUCUUUUGUCCAAUCAUGCUCUGAAGCCCUUGGUUCCCACACUUUUCCUGCUGGUCUUGGUGAUAUACGGCCUGGGAGACAAGCUCCGAAACUUUGUGCUUGACAUCUUCGUCCCUCAGUACCAUUACCCCUAUGCAGUGGCUCUCUCCCUCGCCCAGGUUCUGAUCUCUAUCUUAUUCCUAAAUCUCCUCCAUGUCCUGGGUCUGGUGCCUCUGAAGCCUUACUCCAGGUCCCUGGGUGAGAGGGUGCUGGUGCCCUCUAUCUGCAGCAGCACCCAUGCUGUGCUCUCCAUGUGGGCCAAAGCAGGCAGCUCCUAUGCCGGUCUCUUCCCCCUCAUGCUGCCUCUGCUCCCCAUGGUAACUAUGGGCUUCAGUUUCUCUCAGAAGCUGUCAUCUUCUCCAUCUAUGGAAAUCUCUGUACUUAUGUCCAUCCUGGGUGGGACUUCUUUCUUCAUCACAGCCUCACAGGGACUGCCAAGUGUGGAUCUGCUGGAGUACAUGUAUGCACCUCUGGAUAUAAUUCUCCACAGUCUGUCUCUGACGUGGCUGGCUAAAGUGUCCGAGGCUGAGCGCCACCACUCCCCCGAUGCCCAAGCCUCCAUUUUUGACAUCUACUACACUCAGCUGGUGAACCAGAGCUGGCUCCUGGGCCUGCUGUGGUUGCUGCACCCACACAGUCCCUGGCAGGUGUUGACUCACAGCAGCUGGCAAAGCCUGCUCUUCCAUGGGUAUCUGCACGCCAUCCUGCUGCUGGGCAUGGCGCUCAACUUCCUGGUCGGUAUGUCGGCUCUGUGUGUGUCCCCGCUUGCUGCUGCACUGCUACACUCGGCGAGGCAGGUGUUGCAGCCGUUCCUCCAGCUGAUGUAGUCCAUUGCCUCUUAUACUGUAUUAAUUGGACGCACACACAUUGUUAUGUAAUCCACAUUAAUGGCCUCAGUGUCAUUUUACUUGAAGUUUAACGGGAUACAUCACCACCUUUUUCCCAUUCACAGUAGCUCCUGAGAUAAAAUACAGAAGUAUAUUGCAACAAGUUAAUGAUUUACAGUUGGCUCCAACACAAUUGACAUGUUUUUUUUCUUUUAUUACCCAGUCCUUAGUUGUAGGGUCAAGAUUACAUCAUUUCAAAAUGAGGUAACCAAAAGAGUGUCGUUUCUAUUAGAUUACAUAUUUGUUUUACUAACAUGUACUCCAUAUGCCCUCAACACAUGUCUAUUUCUAGAAUACUGCACUCGUUGCUCAUUAACUUGGGGGAACUUUGUUUUAAAAUAUUUGCCAGGAUGAGACACUGUCUGAAGCAAUAGAGGCAAAGUGAGCACGUGUAGAGGACAGGAAGCAGUCCAAACAACAUUAAAAAAUAAGACGUCCCUGUUCCAGUUAGGUAAAGAAGAACUUUUUGAUAGCAAUGAAAAGUCAUUAUCAGCAGUAUAGGUCACAUUCACACCAGCCUUGUAUAGUCCAGUUGAAUCGAACCCUGGUGCGUUUAGCCGCUUGGUGCGGUUCGUUUGGGUUGAUGUGAAAUCAAUCCGAGACCUCUGAAGUGAACUAAACAACCGGACUCUGUUCCGCCUACAUAGGAAGUGUAGUAUUUAAGCGUCACAAGAACGCGGAUGUCUUCAAAUC